UUCCAGACCGCCGAGUGACGACUGCAGUUUCUCCAGCUCUUUCUCACACACACAGACACACACACUCUUUCUGCAGAAGAAUAUGUUCACCGACACUGACUCUGAAGACGAACACACUCUGAACGAGGAAACAAACACUCAGACAUGAAGAGCAGAAGAUCAGGAGGAGGACAGAGGUGUGACGAGUGAGACGUGAGGAUGAACAGGUGUGUGUUGCUGCGCGCGAGUCUCCUGCUGUCUCUGCUGUGUGUCUGCGCUCGCGUCCUCGUGGAGCUCAGGGGUUCGAGUAUGACGCCGCCGGGUCGAGUCUGGGAACCGGCCGUUACCGUGGCAACAGAUGCUGCGACCGUGCGGACGCAUCGCCGGCGGAUUCCCCGAUGGAAGAUCGACCUGGCGCCGUGGGCCGCCGAGACUCGCGGUGUUCAGGAGGAGGCCCGUCGGUUCCUCAGAUACAUCUCCACACCACAGGUGUCCUGCGAGAGACCGGCGUCCGUGCCGCCCGUGUUCGACAGAGAGGAUCAUGGGGCGUGGGCUCUGUGUUUGGACCACAGGUUCAGUCUGGCCCAGCGAAUCGCAUCCAAACACUGCCGCGUUUAUUCUCUCAGGCUGGCAGCGGAUGACGACAGGCUGGAGCGGAUGCUAGCCGGAUCCGGCUGUGAGGUUCACUGCUUCGACCCGAGCCUCAGGUCAGCUCAUCUACAGGAGGAACACAUGUGGCUCCACCGGCUCUCCGUCGACUGGAGGGACCCUAACCCUGACCGACUACACACACACACACACACAAGCAGGAGGAAGAUCAAGGACAUACUCAACAGCUUCGGCCAUAGACGGGUGGAUGUCCUGAAGCUGGACCUGGAAAGCGCGGAGUGGAAGGUCCUGGAGAACCUGGUUCUGGAGCGGGUUCUGGACUCGCUGGGUCUGCUGCUGCUGGAGCUGCACCUGCACUGGCCCGGGUUCGAGGUGGGCGGAGACGAGCCCUCGGUGAUCCGCUAUUGGUUCAGCCUCCUCAGGGAACUGGAGCGCGCUCAUUACCGGCUCUAUCACAGUUACAGCGACCCGAACAAACCUCGUCUGAUCCUGCACAGAAACAUCCAGAACGCCAGCAGCUCCUUCGUCCUGGGAUGGGUCAACACUCGCUUCGUCCCGCAGGGAUGAGCGACGACUAUUCAGAAUGCAAAACUCAGUGGCCGAUUAAAUCAAGCAGAACCUUCCCAGUCUCUCACUUAGAUACGACACUGAGUGAUUAUCCUGCAGUUCCUCCACUGGCCACUAGAGGCGCUGCAGGAGAGACUCACUCCCAUAGACACGCAUGUUAAAACGGCCAACUUUACAGCAGAAUAAAACAUGUUUACAGUCUGGUGCUAAAAGUGUCUUUGGUCUGAAUCGCUAAUGUUGCCCUUCAUGACGACUGUGAGGGGGUGAAUAUUUUUAUAACUCAUCCGUUUAAAUGAUAUUAAGCCUUAAAGU